AUGCAUUCAGCUCCGGUAACCUGCAACUGCCUGGAGUAUUAUGCGGGUGAAAACUGCGAUGUCGUCUUGCCUCGAACAGCGGCAGAAGGAGUGUUAACAUCUCUUCGUUCAAACCUAAUUUCCCACUUGAACUUCGAGCUUUAUCCAAGUGAAGAUGUCACCUUUGUCUUCCACAACCAGCGAUGGUUUUUAAAUUCCCAAGUUUCAAUGACAGUUGACAACAUGACGAAGUCAACUGAUGUGGAAAACAUGGUGAAACGCGGCAUCAUCGUCGUCUCUGGUGCAUCUGGAAGGAACAUCACACUUGCGCUGAAAGCAGCUCACAGCUUUGAAAAUGGUGCAAAGAUAACUUACGAUAUUCAUUGUACCCCGGGAUACUGCCAAGGCGGGAUUUGCCACCUGAACAGAACAAGCACAACUUCAAGUCCGCCUUACUGCGAGUGUGACGAGCAUCACAAGGGAACACAAUGUGAGCAAAGAGUCCACGAUUGUCCUUUGGUGUGUUCGGAUGACUCGGCAUGCGUUUGGAUACGAGAUAGAUACACAUGCAAAUGCCGCAGUCAAGGUUACACUUACAAUGGAACGAACUGCAAUGACGUAAACGAAUGCGAAUCACUGCUCAACACUUGCUCAUCACCAGAGGUAUGCGUCAACACUCCGGGAUCAUUCUUCUGCACAUGUCCAACAGCGCACCAAGCGCUCAAGACCUUAACACGAAAUUCUUGCGUAUACAGCGGUUGUUCUUCUCCAUGGAUUGAGUCGAGGGACAAAAUAUGCUAUCUGAUGCAAGGACAUUUUGAAAACCCAGAAACCGCGUUGGACUAUUGUGAAUCUCUUGGAGCUACGUUAGCAGAGACAGAGAACAUGAACCAGUCAGAAGAAAUCGGAAUGGCGUCCAAGUCUGCCCUCGUUUGGAUAGGGUUAACAGAUGGUCAAGCAGAGAGCAAGUGGAAAUGGAUCAACAGUGGAGCCAAGCCCGGGUUCUCUAACUGGGGUCCAGGUUUUCCAGAAGGUAGUGGAGACUUCGCUGUCUUGUACCCCAACCGAUGGACCACAAAAUCAAAAAAUUGUACAAUCAAAAAACGCUUCAUCUGCGAAACCACGGAUCCCUUCUGCCCAUUUGAAUGGAUUAGACUUGAGAAUGUUCCGAGGAAGUGCUUCUUCCAAUCAAACACCGUGAGUAGUUUUUUUGAUGCACAUGCAAAGUGUGCUGAAGCAGCAGUUGGUGGAAAAUUGGCGACUUGGACUAAAGAAACCCUAGUGAACUUUAAGCCUAUGUAUUGGGACUCUUCAGUGGAUGAAGGUUUGGCGCAUUUCUGGAUAAACCAUCUUGUAUGCAAUGGCACUUAUUGCUCACCAAUCUUGACCACCUCCUUCAAUCCGAUGCUGGAAAAUCCCUAUUUCAUCGAAGAUGUAUAUUUGAUCCAUACACCCAUGAAUAAGACCACAGAUUUGUCAGAAAUUUCAAAGAGCUGUGCUUUCCUUUUCCCAAACAAAUGGGCGGACUACAGUCAUGAGAAAAGCGAGUUUACGGGGAGCCCUGGCCCUGCAGUUGCUUGUCAGCGGGGCACUUCUUACACAUUCAAGGGUUCAUCCGACAAAGGGGAAAAUAAAUUGAAACCGGAUGUCAUUUCCUCGGACACCGACGACCUGCUGACACCUCCUCAUCCUAAUUCAACGCAUAUUCUUCCCAGCAGGAAUGAUUCCAGCAUAAACCCUGAUCACACUACCAACCUCGACAACCUGCAACCAAUACCCGAAACAACCUCAGCAAGAACCGGCUUAUAG